GACGGACCCAAAUAACGCUGGUAAUGAAGCAGUUCUGUCCUGCUAUGUCCGCGCUGUUUUUGCCCAUGGUCGCGCAGUUUUCGUACAUUUGCAUGUUGUAAGUCCUCGGGACCGUGAUGGAUCGCAGCAGGUCUCGGGACAGAGUUGGCAGAGAGCAAAAACAGACCCGUAAGAAGAAGCGGAGACGGUCUUCAUCCACGUCCAAAUCCUCCUCUUCCUCCUCCAGCAGCAGCAGGAAUAGUACUCGGAGAGACAAGCCCAAAGACAAAAAACAGAGAAAGAAAAUAAGGAGAAGUUCAUCCUCCUCAUCCUCCUCUUCCUCAUCCAGCUCCUCUUCUCCAUCCAGCCAAGAGAAGAAGAGGAGGAAGAAACGUAAGCACAGCAAACAGAGGAAAAAAAAGGACAAGAAAAAGAACAAGAAAAAAGUGAAAAAGGAGAAGAAAAAGAAGGCAAAGAAGAGGAAGAGUGAACUCUCCCCUGUGGUCAGCGGCCCCUACCCUCUGGUCAGUAGGCCCCUGGCUGGACCCUCUUCUCUGGAGGUGUGGCAGAGCGAAGACACCGCAGAGGAUUUUGGACCAGUAAUGACGGAUGAGCAGAAGGUGCGGCUCUCCACCAAGAGACCCUUGACCAAAGAGGAGUACGAGGCCCGGCAGAGCGUGAUCCGUCGCGUGUUGGACCCAGAGACUGGACGAACCAGACUGGUGAGAGGAGAGGGGGAAAUCAUUGAGGAAAUAGUGAGUCGGGAAAGACACAAAGAAAUCAACAAGCAUGCCACCAGUGGGGAUGGGGCUGCCUUCCAGAGGAGACUGGGCAGAGAAAUCUGUCCUCUGCAUUUGGCCCAUCCUGCAGUCAGUGCCAGCGGAAAACCACCGAGCAGCACCCAGGGACCCACCUCCAAAUACUGAGCCAGAAUUUUCAACUGAAAUAAAAACAAAUAAAAAAAUAAAAACAUAACAUUGAAAUUUUGUAACACUUAAAGGAACUGUAUGUAGUCUGCAUUCUUACAGUUUGAAAAAGUUACAAGUCAGUUCAGUUACAACUGAACCUGUGUUGCCAGAGCUUUAACCUGCAGAUAGAGGACACAUACAAGUUUUUCUCAUUCUCAGUUUAUGGACAGGCCUCAUGUGAAAGCUCAGAACCUCCAGAAUUCACUGAACUACAGAGGCUGCACUAGCACAGAUUCAUGAUUGGCUGCAGGUGCUGGUGUUUAAGUAGGUUUAGGUGACAAUUCAGAUCUGACAACACAAAUGUGAGACUUGUGUAUGCUCAUUCUACAUUCUGAUUGGAUAAUGGUUUUGAGAACAAAAACACCAAAUGCAACAUAUACAACUUGGCCAUCAUGUCCAAUGUUUUUGUAAUGAUAAUAAAUCAGCAUUACAAUUAUCAAUAUCAGUAAAGGCUCUAUUUGAUUUGAACAUGUGUCUCGUACCUGAAAGCAUAGUUCAUGUUUGUGGAAUUUAAAAUUGAAAUGUUACAUACAGUUCCUUUAACCUUAAAUAUUUAAGUUGUGUUAAAAAAAAUUAUGUAACGUGUCUGGUUUGGCCUUUUGGUCUCCAUAGAUAUUUUGUGUUCAAAUGUUCCACAGUAUGGCAUAACUGGACAGGCCAGAUCUGUGGAGAGGCUGCUCCCUCUAAAAAUGCAUGUUUUUGACCAGAAACACAUAUUGAAUAUUUUCAAGAUAUUCAUGUUUAAUUAUGCUAAAUUGACUUUGCAGCUGUUAUAAAAUUCCCUCAUCAAAAAGAUGCUAGAAGAGGUUUUAGAUGUAAUCCUGCAAUUUCUCUUGUGCCGGUUUGAACCCUUAUUGUUAGCUGUGAGAUUCUGUACAAAGCUCAGCCUACAAGCCUACGUCACCCAUGCUCCUGCAUAGCAAGUUUCAUUAGUGGGAUGUAUGCUGAUUGUGCUGUAAGGGCAAAAUAAAACUAAACUGAACAUGUUAAUACAUUGUUUGUGGUGAAUAUAGUAUUUUCAAAACAAUAAAAAUGUAACCUGAUCUAAAUAUGUUAUGUGUAAGCAGUUAAU